UCUGAACGGUUAAACAUUACAAAAAUCACGUUUGACUCUUCCGAUAAAUCUUCUUUAGUUAGUUUGAUUUUUUAUAUUUUGGGAAUUUAUUUUGUUUCUUAUUGUUUUUUCUUUGCUUUUAUUUUCAUUGUCAGUUUUGCCAAGACGGAAAUCGAUUCAAAAAUACAUGACGCCAAAUGAAAACCUUUUUAUUUCGUAAUUAGAGUGACCUAAGAAUAAAACACACAGACUACAUAAAAAAUGAAAAAUCAAAAACAAAAAACAAAAAAACAAGUAAACCUUACUAUGCGAGUAAAGGGAAGAUGUUUAAUAUAAAUGUGGAAAGAAACCAGCAAACUCAAUAACACUGAACUAUUAAAAGACAAAUAAAAAAAAUACUGGAAAAGUAUUUGGAAAGCAAAGAAAACUAAACCAAGCGUGUAGGUCAAGUUGUGACUUGUUGUGAUUUUAUAAAUAUUUUAGUGUCUGAGUUUUACGUUAUAGUGAUGUACGUUUGACCUCAACUGUCAAUUUUUCCAUGACAACCAGUAUCAUUUGAUAUUUUAGAAAGAGUUGAGCAAAGAUAUCCGCGUUCUUGAUCUGUCUAGUUUGCUUGACCAACAUGGCGGAGCUUAACACUUUUGCUAAAGACCUGGAAGCACAGUUAACUUGUGCUAUUUGUAACGAUAUCUUUACUGAUCCAAGGACACUACCGUGUCUACAUACUUUCUGCUUUAAAUGCAUCAAAAGUUGGAACGAAGCUUGUCACAAAGAAAUGAAGAGGUUGAGAUGUCCAACUUGUAGAGCAGUAGUCAAGAUCGAAGGAGACGAUAUCUCGAAGCUUCCUUCUUCGUUUACGUACAACUCGCUGCUUCAGCUUUUCAACGCCAUGAAGACCAAGACUGACGAACACAACCAACAGCAGCUUCCAGAGUGUGUAAGUUGCAACAAACGAAGCGUAUUGGUUGGUUUUUGUGCCCAAUGUGAAGGAAUGAUUUGUAAUGAAUGCAUCAACCAACACAAAACAAUAACGCCAUUGAUAAAAACCCAUCAAGCAACUCUGUGGGGCGAAUUCAAGACACAAAAUGUCAACAGCUACAUCAACAAUCAAGCCAUUUGCAAGGAAAAAUUUCACCAGAAAUGCCGUCUCGAUUACUACUGCAUAACGUGCAGGAAGUGUAUUUGUCAAAAAUGUGGUAUGACAACAUCACACGGCAGCCAUGACAGGGUCACCAUCGAGAAGGCAGCUGAAGAUGCUAAAAAGCUUAUCAGAAAAGAAAAGGAUCGACUCAAUGAGCUGCUUAUCGGUUACAAGAAAGAAUUAGAACUGUCCAAUGAAAAUAUGACAAGGAUUCAAAGCGAGGUUGACACAGCAAAGGCAAAAGUACAAAAUGACAUACAAGCUAUGAUGAAGAUUCUACAAGACCGUCAAAACGCUUUGUUUGCUACCUUGGACGGCCUUCUUGCAGAACAAACA